AUGGACUGCUACCUGAACGUAUACCUGUACUACGCGUACGGCUGCUUCGUCGAUGUGCAGGGCGAAGUCAACAAGCUCGGUCACGGCGGGGUCAACCAGCUGGGCGGCGUCUUCGUCAACGGGCGCCCCCUGCCGGACGUCGUGCGUCAGAAGAUCGUCGAGUUGGCUCACAACGGCGUCAGACCGUGCGACAUCUCGCGUCAGCUUCGCGUCAGCCACGGCUGCGUCAGCAAGAUACUCGGCAGAUAUUACGAGACGGGUUCGAUCCGUCCGGGCGUGAUCGGAGGCAGCAAGCCGAAGGUCGCCACGCCCAAGGUCGUAGACGCCAUCGCCAUGUACAAGCGCGAGAACCCGACGAUGUUCGCCUGGGAGAUCCGCGAUCGGCUGCUUGCCGAGGCCGUCUGCGACCAGGACACGAUACCGAGCGUUAGCUCCAUCAACAGGUGAGUC